AUGAAUCACACAGAGAGCAGGAGACGUUUCUUCACAUUUACUUCCAUCAUCUGUGUCGGGAGGACGAUGCCUUUGAGGACCGGACUUUUUCUCCUGAUGGUGCUGAACGCAUCUGCAUACGAAGUGGAUCAGAACGAGUCUUAUUCGGCCAGGAGGGCGCGCUUCUCUGCCAACAGCCCUGCAGAUGUGGCACGCUGUCUCAACAGUGCCCUCCAAGUUGGCUGCGGAGCUUUCGCCUGCUUGGAAAACUCAACUUGUGACACAGAUGGCAUGCAUGACAUUUGCAAAUCCUUCCUAUACAGUGCUGCUAAAUUUGACACUCAGGGUAAAGCAUUUGUGAAGGAGAGCCUUAAGUGCAUUGCCAAUGGCAUCAUCUCGAAGGUAUUCCCGACCAUCCGCCGCUGCUCCACCUUCCAAAGAAUGAUAACUGAGGUCCAAGAGGAGUGUUACAGCAAGCUAAAUAUCUGCACAGUCGCCCGUUCAAAUCCAGAUGCCAUUGGUGAAGUGGCACAGCUACCGAGCCACUUCCCAAAUAGGUUUUAUGGAAAGCUGCUUCAAAGCCUGAUGGACUGUGAUGAGGAAACUGUAGAUCGAGUUAGGACCAGCAUGGUAUCGCGACUCGGCCCAGAGAUGACCAUGCUUAUUCAACUGCUGCAGAACAAGCCCUGCCCGUCCACCACUGUGGCCGUAGCUGCCGCCGUCCCAACCAGUGUGGAAGGCCGCGGGAGCUGGCGCUGGUCCGUGGGUCCCAAUAUAUACAAGAUACAGCCUAAUCUGAGAAACAGAGACUCUACCAGCCAUUUUGGCAAAAAGCGUACUGCCAGUGACAGCUCCUAACUUCUGCACAAAUUCAGAAAAAACUCAAAAAUCACAAGCUCUUCUAUUCCCUAGGGGUGAAGAAAUCCUUUCCUCUGCCAGACUGGAAUUUGCAGAAAUAAGCACCUCUAGGGAAUGCUGGAAAGACCACACAAUCCCAAGUCAAUAUCAGUUUAAUUGUUGUUAUAUUGUAUAUCCUACACUAGGCUUAAUAGAACACCCUUCCAUCAAUUGUUUCUGACUUGUGCGCUCAGCGUUGAACAUGUGGCUGUUACAACAUGUAAACUCUUCUUCAACGUCUCCUAUAGAUGCACACUCUUGAUGCCUAGUAAAAAGAAAAAAGACAAGAAAAACAGCCAUAGCAGUUUACACCUUGAGAGCACAAGUGGCCCAUAGUAAAAAAAAAAAAAAGAAAUAAAAAAAUAAAAAAAGAAAUACAUAAAACAAAACAUAAUAUCAUAAUGCCAACAUUUGUUUAAUUAAAAGAACUCGUUACUUAUUAGUUCAUUGAUAGGAAUGGAGACUUAUUCGUAGUUGUACUUUAUAUUUCAGUGAUGAGACCAGUCAAAUUGUGAGCAUGAGAUGUGGAAAUGAUUCCCAUAACUAUUUUCUGACGUUAGCAUAAUACUUAAAUGUACUGUAUACUAAGUUAUCUAAGACAGCCAUAGCUAGCCCUCUAAAAGAGAGUGCUGAUAAGGAGUGACGACUGUAGAGGCUUCAUGAUAACCUUUGAGAGGUUACCUUAAAAUGACCAAAAACCUUCAAACUGCCCUGAAUGCUAUUCA